AUGUCAGAUGCUCAACAGAAGACCAUGAAGGCAAUUAUGUGGGAAGGCAAACCCUUCCACGUGGCCCUGAAGAGCCAACCUAUCCCGCAUAUCAAAGACCCAAAUGACAUUGUGAUUCGCAUCACAACAUCGGCAAUCUGCGGAUCAGAUCUUCACAUGUAUCAUGGUGUGUUUGGCAGUAAAAUACCCUCCUGGAUCCUGGGCCAUGAAGGCCUCGGCACUAUCAUCGAGGCAGGAGACGGGGUGAAAUCCCUCAUGGUCGGAGACCGUGUGCUGGCACCCGGCGCCAUUUACUGCGGUUACUGCGAGAAUUGCCACCGCGGCUAUUUGACAUACUGCCUCACAUUCAAUCCGUCUACCAUCUUCGAUUUUCCGGGGUUUGGAGAAGAUAUUGGGCCGCAUUUGGGCGGUGCUCAAGCGGAGUAUAUUCGUGUCCCAUUUGCAGAUUCAAGCUGUCUCCCACUUCCGGCGACAACUGAACAUGACCUUGACUAUAUCAUCCUCACUGACAUUUUCCCCACAGCCUGGGACGCAGUUGACGCCAGCGGGUUCGAGGCCGGAGACUCAGUUGCAGUCUUCGGUGCCGGGCCCGUCGGCCUGUUAUCUGCCUAUUCGGCUAUACUGCGCGGAGCAACCAAGGUCUAUGUCGUUGACCAUGUCCCAUCUCGAUUGGAGAAAGCAGCCUCGAUUGGCGCUAUCCCCAUCAAUUUCACCAAGGCAGACCCCGUAGAACAAAUCCUCAAGCACGAGCCGCGCGGUGUGCGCCGUAGUAUCGACGCUGUCGGCUUCGAGUGUGUGAACAGCAAGCUUAAGCCGGAAGAGAACCUCGUCUUGAACAACUGUGUCAAGGUUACGGAAGCAACCGGCGGGAUUGGCCUCUGUGGUGUAUACCCUCCCUCUCCGGCCAAAACGCCAGGAACGCCUCUGGCUACUGAGAAGCAGGGGGAGUUUCCUGUUCUUAUCGGGCUUUUCUGGUUUAAGGGUCUGUCGAUGCGGGGCGGUGUGGCUGAGAUACAGAGACUGCAGCCUAUGCUCCAGAGGCUGAUUGAGAGUGGUAAGGCGAAGCCGAGCUUUAUUAUUGAUGAGAUUGUUUGUAGUCUGGAGGAGGUACCCCGCGCGUAUGAGAGGUUUUCCAACCAUGAAAUUGGAAAACCGGUUAUACAGUUGAAGCAUUAAGGUAACAACAUGGAUUUAAGAG